AGUAGCGGGUCCCGGGGCUUUGUCUACUUCUGGCCCCCGCACAACGGGAACCCCCACGACCUGCUGGACAUCAAGCAGAUGAGGGACCGGAGCAGCCGCCCUGUCGUCAAGAAGAUUAAACCAGGUUGGCAGCAAGCUGCAAUCCUGGAGGACUUGGUGAGAAAUGUGCCCCUGGAGUUCGACUUCCUUUUCUCCAAAUCACAUGCAGAAGUGAUCUCAGGGAAACAGGAAGGUGUCUAUGCUUGGAUUGGCAUCAACUUUGUCCUAGGCCGGUUUGAUCACGAGGACGAGGAGGACGCGGUGGUCACUGUAGCGCUGGGAGACCAGGGUGAGCCCCUGGUUCGGAAACGAACAGUUGGAAUCCUAGACAUGGGCGGUGCCUCCCUGCAGAUUGCCUACGAGGUCCCCGACUCUGGAGCCUUCUCCUCCCCGCAGCAGGAGGAAGCUAAGAGCUUGUUGGCAGAAUUCAACCUUGGCUGUGAUGUGCAGCACACUGGCCACGUGUACCGUGUCUAUGUCAACACUUUCCUGGGCUUCGGGGGCAAUUUUGCCCGGCAACGCUAUGAGGAGCUUGUGCUGAACCAGACCUAUGUGCACAACCGCCUGCAUGACCAGCAGGUAGGGCUGAGCCCUGAGACACCCUUCCUGGACCCUUGC